ACACAAUGAUUCACAAUUGUUUGUAUGGCUGUUGAGCUCUUGAAAAAAAGUUUAAUUUUACGGUGUGUUGUUUUAGUAUCACCUCCAAAUGGACGAUAUUGGAAGUUUAGAAGUCAGGUGGGUGCAAGGUUUUACAAACAAGAGUAUCGAGUUUGUCGACAAUAAAACAGUAUGUUACACCAGUGGGAGUCAUAUCUGUUUCCUGAACCUGGAGACAAAAUUGCAAAGUGUGCUUCAAGGCCCAGGCGGAGGCAUUGGUGCACUGACAGCCAAUGGGACCAGUGGAAUUUUUGCUUUUUCUGAGCAACGUUUAUCCCCAUCUAUAUUUGUGUACAUUUUCCCCCAGCUUCAGUUGAAGAAUGAACUAAAAGGAACUGCACAGCUGGACUACACAACUCUGACGUUAAGUAAUGGUGGUCCUUAUUUGGGAUGUUGUUCCUCUCUUCCAGACCACACCAUAACAGUGUGGAACUGGGAAAAUGCUGAGCCAAUUUGUACACAACCACAAGCUGGGCAGGAUGUCAUUUCUUUGGUGUUCAACCCUCAGAAUUGGCUCCAGCUAUGUGCUUUGGGCACUACAUCCAUCACUGUCUGGAACAUUGAGAAGAAUGCCAGCCUUCAUGUCCUGAAACCACGUGUGGUAGAGCUUCCAGCAACUGAUGGUUCUUUUGCUGAGAGAUUGGUGCCCCACUCUCCCGCUAAUACUGUCAGCAACAACCUGCCCUAUUUUGGUCCAGAGAUGCCUCCAUCAGCCAUCUCAGGGCUUAAGGGAGACAGGGCAGAAAGCAUUGUGACUAAACUCUGCACCAAAGCCAGACUAACUCCUACUGCCAUCUGCUGGACAGCCACAUCAGAGCUCUAUGUGGGCUGUGCGGAAGGAUUUUUACUACUUGUUGACCCAGAGAGCUUCUUUGUCUCAGUCCUCUUCAACCCCACAACUCCUGAUGCCAUUCCUGGUCUCAGACAGAAAAACUUUCAAGGUUUAACCCUUGACAAAAAUGGUUUGAUUGCUGUAGGGAAGGAUGGUGUGGUGCACUGUCUGCAAAUCAAUGGCACUCAGACCGACAUCACACAAACAUUGCAGUUAGAAGGACCUGCCACAACUGUGAUUUUCUCCCCUGAUUAUGAAACAUUACUUAUAUCUUCUGAUACAGGACAGAUCUAUGCGUUGAACCCAACCCGGUCGGACGAGAUUGUGAAGGUCCUGGAUAUCCUCAGUGGAAACUUUGUGGCAGCAGCUUUGUCACACACUGACAAGAACAUUUGUGUGUCAGUGAGGGAUUCUGGAGAACUGCAGCUGUGGUCUGUAGAUGGCAUUUGCCUCAGUUCCUUGUCUCUUCACACUGAGGUGACAACUCUGGCCUCCUGUCCUAUUGCACAAUAUGCAGCUGUAGGAACAACUUCAGGAAAUAUUCUCUUCAUUGACCUGAGCAGGGUGCAGCAGCCACGUCUGGUGCACCAAGUUCAGCUCUACCACACUCCUGUGGAUCACCUAGUUUUUGAUCAAGAGGGUCACUACCUUCUCACUGGUGCCUCAGAUUCACAUAUCUAUCUACUCCAUGCAAAACCAUCAAAGAAAUUUUCAGUCAUAGGACACACAGUUGUUCCUGGACCCAUUUUGUCACUUUCCACUCAGUGCAUCAGGAACAGUGGACAGGUGAAAGUUCUUGCACUGAGCACUGGACAGGAGGGCAGAAAACAUGAAGGUAGCCUCCUCACACUGCUCUCUCUGCCUGCGAAGGACCUCACAGGUCCUGAUUGUGUAGACCGACAUGGUUGUGUGUCUAAUCACAUCAUCAAAGUGUCCAGAUAUGAAGUGCCUCAUCCACUUAAAUCCUGUGUUCUGGGAGUCAGUGAAGUAUUUGCUUACUGCCACAGAAGGAAAACUCUUCAGCGAUUUCAACUUUCUCAGGACACGGAUGGUCUCUCCAGUCAACAGGUGGUUCAGCUGAAACCGGAGCAGGAGGUGAAAGGUCAUCCAUUGGGCCCUGCCUGUCUUGUACUGUCCCCUCAUAAGUUAUGGCUGGGUUCUAUAGGCCGAGAUGGCCUACUAUGCAUUAGAGAAACUGCUUCCAUGGAGCGAUACAUUGAGCUGCAGUGCCAUUCAUGCCAUCUUGGUGGAGUUCGUAGCCUGACCUUCUCCGCAGACAGCCAGACACUCCUCACUGCUGGCUUUAAAGACGGCUGUCUUGUGUGCACUAAUCUCAGAAUUAAAGGUGUGGAUGCUGAAGUGAACAAAGCUACUCAGCAUAGCGAGUCUACGGCUCGUUUCUUGAGGAACAUAUUCAAUACAGAGAACACUGUCCUCAUCAACAUGCCUGAGUGGAGCCAAGGGUCCUGUGCUGACACUGAAAAACCAAAGGAAAAUGAGGUCAGCGGUGGAGCAGAGGCUAUGGAUGUGACAGAGCAGGAUGAGAGUUAUAAUAGCCAGCUGUCUGCUCCAUCUUCACACCCUACCUGGCUGGAAAGCAGGCAUGAGGCGGUUAUAAAAAAAGAGAAUGAGCAAUAUUCUGACACAAAGAAAAACCUGAGGAAAACCAUCAAAGAGUUACGUGAUGCUAUCCAGGGAAUGAUGCGGGAAAAUGUGAACCUCCCAGAUAUCGAGCGUCUGAAACAACAUGAGUUCAACCUGGAUCUUGAAGAGAAGAAGAGACUAGAGGCCAUGGUGGAGCAGGAGGUUACCAGGGUGAGAGAAGAAAUCGAGUGGAAGAUUUUAGCGAAAUGUUACCUCCGUGAUGUCCUAAAGAGAGAGUGCUGGGAUUCAAUGAAGGUCAAGGGAAGGUCCAUUAAGAUGUUUCACUCUGAACACGAGGUGAAGAACUACCCUCUAAAACAGCGAACAGAGAAAGAGGUGGAGGAACUUCACAGUGUUCAGAAUAACAGGAAGUUUGAAAAGGCUGCCUGCACCCAGAGCAGCCUAAAGAAAAGUUCCAGCACAACCAGCACAAAGGAGGAAGAGCAGGGGGAGCAAGACCACAUGGCAGAGAGUGCUGCUGUAACGGGAAGUUUCUCUGCUCAGUUGGGAUAUUCAAGUCCUUACAUCUAUGAUCAGUUCAGCCUGCAAACCACAGAACAGAGGAUCAACCAGAUAGUUCUACUUCAGGAUCUGAUUUAUCGUAUCAAGACAGCUUUUAAUACUGAAUUUGAGGCCUUGCACAGGCAAAAAGUGCAGGAGCUCAACCGUGUGCGGGACAGGAACAGACACAUCAGGGAGAUCAUGCUGGAGCUGGACAUGAAGGAGAAGCUGUGGGAGUCCAGCCUGACCAACAACGAGUGGCCAGAGAGGCUGCUUACUGUGGACGACUCUGAGAUAAAAGCAGAAAAGUACCUCACUGAAGAACAGAAAAAGGAGGAGGAGAAAAAGAAGUUGGAAGAGCAAAGACGUUUGGCUGCCAAGGGGGAUAGCUGCAGAGAUAGGGCUCUCGAUGACAUGAUGGAUGGAGUGCUUGAAGUGAAAAAAGAGGACAUCUUGAAAAUGGAAAUACCUCCGCCUGAGUUUGUUUUGACCAAACCUGACAUCCACUGGAGUGAGGAGGAGAAAAAAGUCUACAAAGAGUAUGAGAAGAAAACCAAAGACCUGAGUGAGGAGAAAGAGAAAUACAAAAAGACACUGGAAACUGAAAUGAAAAAACUACAGGCAUCCACCAAGGAUGCGACCAUAAAGUUUGAUGAGAGUUUGACAAAGCUGUUUGAGAAGAAAGUAAAAUAUGAAAUGGCUAUACACCAGGAAGAGCUCAAGAUCACUUAUCUUGUUUAUUCAGUAAUCAUAGAACAAGAGAUGAGAAAUCGAGAGCUGGAGCUCAAGCUCAAACUUGAAAAAGCGUUGGCAUACAAGGAUGAAACUGGGGAGGAGGUGAAGAGACACGAAGAAGAGGUAGAAUUGUUUCACGAGACCUAUGACAGCAUCAUAGCUGAGGACAAAGUUCUUGACAAAGAAUUUAGGAAGGAGUUCUUUGAUGUACCAACCCACGUUGUUGAUCACUUGUAUAAGCUGUUCAAGCGUAGACCCAGGGUUCAAAAGAUGAGGACUCAGACCGACAACAACUCCAACCUGCUUAAAGAGCAGCAUCCGUCCGGUUCUCUGGCUCCUGAUGUGCUUGGCAAAAUACUUAAGGCCAUGGAGGAGCUGGAUGCUCCGGAAAAUAUACCAGAGGGCUUGAACCCGUCCAUCUGGGACAGAUUUUGUCUCGUCCGCAGAGCAAAAGUAGAGAGUGAGCAAAAGGUAAAAGUACAAGCUUUGACUAUUGCUGAGAUGCAGGCGUUUUUACAGAAGAGGAGAGAUGAGGAUAAGGCUGCUCAACAGGAAAUUAAAAAUCUCACUGAUGAACUUGAAAGUCUACAUAAAGAGAAGAACUGUUUCCUGACAGACAUCAUGGCCCAGGUCCUGCUCAAACAGGGCCAGGUGGAGGUGUCUACCACAGACCUGACUGCUGACUACACUGACUCUGUACUUCUCCACAGGAUUGUGGUGGAGGACCUAAACAAAACCAUCAGGAUGCUUGGAGAGCAGAAGAUAGCCUCGAUGGUGGAGUGCAAAGACUUCCGUAAGGGCAUCAUCCAGCUGGAGUGGCAGCACAAGAUGAUGAAGAUGCAGAUAGAGGACCUCAACAACAAAGCGAGGGACAUCCAGAUGUUACGUCUCACUGAGGACCAACAGGAUUAUCUCAACAAGACAAAUCAAGACAGUCGCGUGUCCAAGCAAGUUUCCAUUCUGGAGAAAACAAUAGCUUUCCAGGAAAAGACUCAUCAACAGAGUGUGCAGCAUCGCAUAAAAAAAAUUGAACAGCUUAACAGGCAGGCAGCGAUGAAAGCUGAGAAGAGCACAAUUUUAGAAGAGCAGCUACCUAAUAUAAAGGUGACUGUGGCGGAGAGGACACACAUUUAUGAAACAAUAGCUUCAGAGGAAAAUCAGGCAGCUCAAACAGAGGAGCGCUACAAGGAAAUCGUUCAGAAGAAGAACUUAGAGGACUUUGCCAGAGCACAGGCGGAAGAUCUGGCUUUCCUCUGGGCCGAACUUGAGCGCCUGAGGAUGAAGAACUUUCCUUCACUUGAUCAGCUUAAACACAACUGAGCAAAACCUUCUCUUUAACACAUAACAGGGUUUUAUUUACACUUCUUUUAACAAGUAAACUGAACAUGAAAUUUACAACUCAAGCUGUGAAUACAAAUUGUAGCAGCAACAAAUAAAACAAAUAAUUAACUCUGA